AUGUCAAAUUCUUUAUCUGAAACUGGCAAACGUAGAGCGAAAAGAACUUUUGAAGUUACUAAAAAAGAUGAAGGCACAACAAGUACCGAGCCAUCUUCCGUGAAUUGGGAAGAGGACCAAGACGUUAAAAGUAAUGACUUCCACCUAGAGCCAAAAAGGUCACGCUAUGACCCAAAUAGAACUUUUUCCUUUACUAAGCACUGUUCAGUGAGUGGUGAUCUCAAAGAAGAACUACUCGAACCAGAGAAAAGAAUAAUUAAGAACCAUGGACAAACUUGGCCAAGUGGUCAGCUUACUUCGAGCAAUAAUUUAUCAUGUGUUCCUGAAAAUGAAGCUAAGGACACAUCUUAUAGCACUUCGAAUGUGGAACCGUGUACAAGUUCCAAGGCUGAGGUUAUUCUUAAUCAAAGGAAUGUUAAAGAAAGAAAUAAAGUAAACAGGCAGCAUAUGUGGGAGGAACAACAACUGCGAAAUGCGAUGGCUAAAAAAAACGACCAUCCUGACGAUAUUGUAGUGGAAGGAUCUGAAAAGUACGAUUAUGUUUUCGAUACUGAUGCAAUGAUCGAUUAUACUAAUGAUGACGGCGAUUUGCUACCUGAAGAGAAACUUCAAUAUGAAACACGACUAGAAGAGGCUUUAAAAACUGAAGAAACGCGUAUAUUGACUAUACAAGAAAGUAGAAAACUUUUGCCCGUGCACCAAUAUAGAGAUGAGCUACUUCAAGAGAUCAAAAAGCAUCAAGUCUUAAUUAUAAUGGGUGAAACUGGUUCAGGUAAGACUACACAGUUGCCUCAGUACUUGGUGGAAGAUGGCUACACCAAUCAGGGCGAAUUCCAAAUUGCCAUAACACAACCGCGUCGUGUGGCUGCUACCUCUGUUGCGGCAAGAGUUGCAGAUGAGAUGAAUGUUGUGCUUGGUAAGGAAGUGGGUUAUCAAAUUCGUUUCGAAGAUAAAACAACACCAAAUAAGACGAUUCUGAAGUAUAUGACAGAUGGUAUGCUACUGAGAGAAUUUCUUGCAGAUUCCAAGUUAAGCAGAUAUUCUUGUAUCAUGAUUGAUGAAGCCCAUGAAAGAACCUUGGCUACAGAUAUUUUGAUAGGCUUACUGAAAGAGAUUUUGCCGCAAAGACCUACCCUAAAACUACUAAUAUCAUCAGCAACAAUGAAUGCAAAAAAGUUUUCGGAGUUUUUUGAUGAUUGUCCCAUUUUCAACGUUCCUGGGAGAAGGUACCCUGUAGAUAUUCACUACACGUUGCAGCCGGAGGCAAACUAUAUUCAUGCUGCCAUAACAACAAUUUUUCAAAUUCACACUACGCAGGCUUUACCGGGAGAUAUUCUAGUGUUUUUAACGGGACAAGAAGAAAUUGAAAGGACAAAAGUUAAGCUGGAGGAAAUUAUGUCUAAGUUGGGUUCCCGAACAAGACAAAUGCUUAUAACACCUAUAUAUGCGAAUUUGCCUCAAGAACAACAAUUGAAAAUCUUCCAGAAAACACCAGAAAACACCAGAAAAGUUGUGUUGGCUACCAAUAUUGCAGAAACCUCGCUAACUAUUGAUGGUAUUAAGUACGUCAUUGAUCCUGGGUUUGUUAAGGAAAAUUCGUACAUACCUUCGACUGGAAUGAGCCAACUUUUGACCGUACCAUGCUCAAGAGCUUCAGUUGAUCAGCGUGCAGGUAGGGCCGGUCGUGUUGGACCGGGAAAAUGUUUCAGAAUUUUUACCAAAUGGUCAUAUUCGCACGAAUUAGAACUCAUGCCCAAACCUGAGAUUGCUAGAACAAACCUUUCUAAUACAGUGUUACUAUUAUUAUCGCUUGGUGUCACUGACUUGAUAAAAUUUCCUUUAAUGGAUAAGCCAAGCAUUCCCACAUUACGGAAGUCUUUGGAAAAUUUAUACAUUUUGGGUGCUUUAAAUAGCAAAGGGGCAAUCACUCGCCUAGGUAAAAUGAUGUGCGAGUUUCCUUGUGAACCUGAAUUCGCAAAAGUACUCUAUACAGCUGCUACGCACGAAAAAUGUCAAGGAGUAUUAGAGGAGUGUUUGACCAUAGUUUCAAUGUUACAUGAAACAUCUUCAUUAUUUAUUGGUCAAAAAAGGGAUGCUGCGGCAAGUAUAAUAAGUGAAGUAGAAAGCGAUCAUAUACUGUAUCUAGAAAUUUUCAACCAAUGGAGAACUUCCAAAUUCUCCAGAAGUUGGUGCCAAGACCAUAAAAUCCAAUUUAAAACAAUGGUGAGGGUAAGGAAUAUCAGAAACCAACUAUUCAGAUGUAGUGAAAAGGUUGGUUUAGUGGAAAAGAACGACCAAGCCAGAAUGAAAGUAAGUAAUGCGGCAGGCUACAUAAAUGGAAGGAUAGUCCGAUGCUUCAUCAGUGGGUUUCCAAUGAAUAUUGUGCAGUUGGGAUCUACCGGAUACCACACCAUGGGUAAAUCAUCAGGCGGACUGAACGUCAACGUUCAUCCUUCUAGCAUACUUUUCUCUAAUUAUAAGGAAAAGGCACAGAGACCGAGUAAAUAUGUGCUUUAUCAGCAACUAAUGUUAACAUCGAAGGAAUUCAUCAGGGACUGUCUAGCUAUCUCCAAGGAAGAAUGGUUGAUAGAGAUGGUUCCGCAAAUCUUUAAAGGUUUAAUCGGGGAUAAAAUAAAUAUGGGGAGAAAAUGA